GAUAAAUGUCGUCAAACGCUUUUGGUCAUGAGUAGAAAUAAAAUAGGAUUUGAAACAAUGACUGAAGAAAAGGACUUAAAUGGGGCUGAAGGCCAUGAAACGCUGUAUAAUAAGCACUUAAAAUCCGUGCUAAAGCGUUUUACUGAGAGGACGUCAAUGCAUGGAUGUGGAUAUAUUCAGACGUCACGACAUUUGGUAUCGAGGCUUCUCUGGGGCUUCCUGACAUUGCUCGCGAUAUGUGUUUUGAUUGUUCAUCUUUACCAGAUCACUGACCAGUAUACCAACUGGCACAAGAAAACAAAAGUUUCGUUAGAAUUUAAUAACCUACGCUUUCCGGCUGUAACAAUUUGCAACGUCAAUUUAAUAAAAAAUAGUGCAGUAUCCAAAUACGCGAAUAAAGAAUUGCAGGGACUGAUCAAAGCCGUAAAUCCAGACUCACUUUUAGCCAAUAUAGCAACGGAUAACUUCAAAAGAAACAAUGAUUCAGCAUCAAACGGUACAGAAAUAAAGAAGAGGAGAAGACGAUCAGUUUCAGAACUUUACAACAUAGAAUGGACGCAGUUUGACAAGGACUUCGACUCUGAACCAAUAACCGCAAAUACUGUCUCUGAAGGCGACGAUGAACGGAUGACGGACCAAGCUCCAUUAUCAAUCAUGUGGGAUAUAUUCCGCUUCCAGUACAUGAAGCUAUCAAAGACUGAGAGGGCAGCUUCCGGCCAUGACAUAAAUGAUAUGCUUCUUGAAUGUAUGUUUAAUGGAAGAACGUGCAACGCCAGAAAUUUUACACUACACCAGACGUCUUCAUAUGGUAACUGUUACACGUUAGAUUCCGAAAGAAUGUAUGUACAAAGACCCGGACCAGACGGAGGUCUAUAUUUGCUCCUCUACCUACAAGUCAAUGAAUUCAUCAAAGGAAUAACAAAUGGGUUUGGAGCAAAACUGGUUAUUCAUGAGCCCGGUACUGCACCACUUCCUGACGAUGGUGGUGUUUUUGUUGCUGCAAAUACGGAAACGGACAUUGCACUGAAAAGGACAGCAAUUACACGUCUCGGGUGGCCGUAUGGAAAGUGUGAAACCGGUGCUGCUUUCAAAGAAAAGUUUGGAGUCAAUUACAGUGUGAAGGCAUGUCCUGUUCUUGUAUGCCAUGAAACGUGCAAAGCAAUUCAUAUCUAUGAAACAUGUGGUUGUUGGCACUACAUGCAUGAACUAGUGUCUGAAAAGUUGAACAAACCUUUCAACAUCUGCAAAACGACUUCAGACAGGAAAUGUCAACGUCGGGCGAUGCAAAGCAUCUAUAGCAAGGAAAUAAAGUGUGAAUGCAAUAAUCCAUGCCGAGAUGCUCAGUACACUGUGUCAGUCAGUGGGAGACAAUGGCCUUCACAGUCGUAUGCUGGAUUACUGAAAGAAGGUGUGUGUAAAACUAUUCCAGAAGAGUGUAGUCUGAUGGCUUCGUUCUCUAAUCGUCAAGAACUAGGGAAAAACUUUCUGCUUCUAAACAUUUACUACGAGACUCUGAAUUUCGAAUCCAUCGUCGAGGAGCCUUUGAUUGAUCCGUUUACAUUCUUGUCAAGCAUAGGAGGCGCUCUAGGUCUGUGGAUUGGGUUGUCUAUGCUCAGUGUUUGUGAAAUUCUUCAGUUGGCAGCUGAAAUGGUCAUGUGUAUUGUUACAAAAUUGAGAAACCCAAUCAAAACGUCAUAGCUCUGUUUCAAAUGAAAUACAUGAUUAGACCUACAAAGGACGUUAUUUAAGCCUGUGAUUGUAACAGUUUCUGGAAGAUAGUGUAACUGUACUUUCCCAUCUAUCUUCUUCGUUAGACCUCACCCGCGUGACUUGACCCUAUUUCCCAGACUGAAGAAAUAUCUAGAGGGUCAUCACCUUUGCUGCAGGUAUGCAACUGGUUUUAUAUUUUUUCAGUAUCUUGGAGCUAUACCCAAAUAGAGAUAUGCCAGAGCAUUUGAGAAACGGCCCAGAAGACUGAAAUUAUGUAUAUCUGUAAAGGGGCAUCAUUAAACAUUUUAUGUGAACAUAUUACUUAUUUAUUGUUUAGAAGUGAUAGUUACAUCAUAUAGUGAGAGCCCCUCGUACUGCAUUAUCAUGGAGUUAGUAUACGAUCUUCAGCAUAUUAACAAUGAUUAACUUUGAAAGAUAUUACAAAAAAGGGACAAAAGUCCAACAGGCACAGCUGCAUUCAAAGAACGCAGCCACCCAAGUCAUUGUUUGAUACGUUUUACUUGUGGUCUUUGAGUAUGCGGCUUUGCUUUAUGAAUAUAUUUGUAAUGUAUUUAGGCGUCAUUAUUAUUUUAUUGGAACAACUCUGUACGAUGUAAUUAAUGUUACUUAAGCUUUUAUAUUAGGUGCAUUCAAUGUCAUUUACAAUGUCAUUGAUGAUAUUUAUUUCCCCUUUCGAAGAAGAGGUGAUAAAUUGUUUUGUUCAUUCUUGAUCGAUCGGUUAGUCUUUCGGUCCGUUUAUAGACUAUUUGGUUGCCGAUCAAAAACAAGAGAACGUUCGGUCACACGAUGUUAGAUUUAUAAAAUGAUUUCCUGUAAUCAGUUUAUUUGUAUGACCCCGAUUGUUUUAGGGGUUCGGUAGAUAAAGACUGAGGUCACAGUGACUUUGAGACUGAAAAUUGAUUUAGGGGUUCAGUAGAUUAAAGACUAAGGUCACAGUGACUUUAAGACUGAAAAUUGUUUUAGGGGUUCGAUAGAUUAAAGAGCAAGGUCACAGUGACUUUGAGACUGAAAACUGUUUCCCUUCAGUAACGUCUUAUAACAUUGCAUAUACACUACAUUUAUCAGAAAUACUAUUUUUUUUCGCCUAAUUGUAUGUACAAACAUAAUUAUUUCACUAUGGGCUCCACUACUUGAGAACUUCUUGACGAAAAUGUUUAAAGAAAACGUGCUUUUGGAAAACGUUUGAAAUAGUUAGGAUGAUAAACACAUUGUAAUUCACAAUAAAGAAUUCCAUCUGGACUGAUGGAGCAAUAGCAUCUUUAUAUCUCAUUUAUAAUAAUAAAAAAUACUAUUAUGUUUAUAAGCAUGGGUUUUCAGAAUGACCAUGUAUUAGACAUAUUCACAUUAAAUAUAAGAAACAUUGAUCCAUGUUCGAUGUUUCAUUCAUGAAUUGCUGUUUGUAAAAUAAAUGACGAAGGCAAUGAUUUAAAAUCAUUUUGUAUUUACCGCUUAUGUGUCCAAAAUAAGU